UGUCCAAAUUGCAGCCACAAGUGCCCCCUCCCCGAAUCCUCACCGGAGAGACACCACCGAGAGAAUAUCGGGCUUCCCUUUCCGAGAGCUGAGCGGCGGCGGGACGAGGGAGCUCCCUCUCCUGGAGGAACCCAACGCUCGAGCACCGGGCACCGUGAAAUGGAGUCGCUGCCGUUGCCCGAGGAGCUGCUGGCGGAGAUCUUCCUGCGCCUGCCCACCCCAGCCGACCUCGGGCGCGCAUCCGCCGUCAGCGCCUCCUUCCGCCGCGUCGCCUCCGACUGCUCCUUCCUCCGGGCGUACCGCAAGCGCCACGCCCCGCCGCUCCUCGGCUUCCUCGACGCGCUCGGGGUCUUCCACCAGGCCGCCCCGCCUCACCCCUCCGCGCCGGCGGCCAGAGCCGUCGCCCUCGCCGCCGACUUCUCCUUCUCCUUCCUCCCCGCCUCCGCCCGCCGCUGGGCCGUCCAGGACGUCCGCGACGGCCGCGUCCUCCUCGACUGCUGCCGCGGCCGCAAGAAAGGCGCCGACGACGACGAGUGGGGCGGGAUCCCGUUCAUCUCCACGGGCGAGACCCCGAGUGGCUGGAGCCCGAGCCCGUUCGUCUUCACGGAGAUGGUGGUCUGCGACCCCUUGCACCGCCGGUACCUCCUGCUUCCCCCGAUCCCCAACGACCUAGCGGCUGCCGUGGAGCAUCCACUCGGGAAUCGGAUGACGACGGAUCGUUGGUGCGAGGCCUUUCUCGUCCCCAGCAACGACGAGGAGAACGAGACGUCAUUCAGGGUGAUCUGGAUGGUGCAGUGCGCAACCAAGCUAGUAGCCUUUGUGUUCUCUUCCAGCACCGGACAAUGGCGAGCCAUUCCAUCGCGGGAUUGGAAAGGUUUCUUGGAUAGCUUGCCAUCGGUGACAUCCAUGGGUUUCUUCUCCUGCCGCCAGUACGCCUACGGCUGCUUCUACUGGCUUACGAUGUUGUGUGAGAAAUUGCUAGUGCUUGACACCCGGAGGAUGGAGUUCUCCAUGGCUGACCGCCCACCUGUACUCAGAAAUCCUCACUUCCUUAAUGUGGACAUAGCCAUUGGGGAGGUUGGGGGAGGCAUCACUGGGAUGUUUGUGCUUGCACCUGACUCACGUCACACAUCUGACCUCAGUUAUAUCACUAGGCCGAACAAUGAUGAGAGUUCUUCCAGCCAGUGGAGCCAGCAGGAGAAGAUCUGCUCAAUGGGUUCUGAGUGCAUGUUGGUGGGUUCAACAGGGAGGUACUUGUUCAUAGAUCACGGUGGAAGGGGAUUCCUGCCGUCUGAUGCAGGCAUUUCCUCGCUAGACGUGAAGACAUUCCAGCACCAGAGGGUGUGUGCUUCGGAGAACGGCAUCCCUCAGCCCCGCGCGUAUAUGAACUUUCCUCCGCCGUUGUCAUCACCUAGACUAUCAAGUGGUAUUGAGGAGGAGAUACUGGGACAAGGCUCGGAGUUGCUGCCAACCGAAGGGCCCAAAGAUGGCAAUCACAAUGACAGUGAUGCUGAUGAUGCGGAUACUGGAUGCAGAGAGGUGUGUCGAGGAUUGGAGAUGGCCCUGAUUGAGGUUAUUCUGCAAACAAGUACAGUUGAGCACAGGUUGGUCCGUCAUAAGGUGCCUUUGGCUUUGUGUGGUCAUGUAUGAGUAACCUGGAAUGUUCAUCUUGUGUGCCUUCAUCUGACAUUUAUAUAAGCAACUUAUCGGAUAAGUUUGCGGCGACUGGCAUGUUUAGUUUCUGUACAAUCAGUUGGUUAAUCAGGACUCUGUAACAAGUCAAAGUGAUCUUCAUAUAUAAUGCCUGCACAUACCUAUGUAACAAUCAGGUACUGUUUGCAAAUCUAUCUGCUGCUCCCCUUACUGCACCCUAAAGUAGGUCACUGGCAUGUGGGCCCUUUGGGAUACCUCUCCGCUCAACAUACGGAUAUAUACCGGCAGAGGUUGACAGAAUGAAUUAUGGAAGCUGUGUUUUUGUUUCUGUACCAUCUUGUAUUAAUUUGUGGUCUGAACAUGUCAAAGUUGCGAUUGCUUUUUACA